AUGGGUAAUCAUCAAGCACGUCACUUAGAAGAAGAUUUAUCAUUGAAUGAUUAUCGAUAUUUAAUGAAACAAACAAAUUUAACACCAGAUGUUAUUCAAGGUUGGUAUCGAGAAUUUUUAAAUAUAUGUCCAAAUGGCCAAUUAAAUAAAAAUCAAUUUAUUAAAUUUUAUAAACAAUUAGAAAACACUUCAAUAAAAAAUAUUGAAUCAAUUGCUGAAAAUGUUUUUCAAGCAUUUGAUCGGAAUGGAAAUCAUCGAAUUGAUUUCAAAGAAUUUCUUAUUGCUUAUGCAUUAACAUCCAUAGGUGAUCCAUUAGGAAAAUUACAAUAUACAUUUUCAUUAUUUGAUACAGAUCAUUCACAAUCAAUAGAACUAAACGAAAUGAUUAAAUUAUUAGAACAACUUUUUAUAAUAACAGGUCAUAAACAACAAGAUUAUUCAUCAAUAUCUCUUGCAAAUGAUAUAUUUCAAACACUUGAUCAAGAUCAUAAUCAAUCAUUAUCCAAAGAAGAAUUUAUUAAUGGUUGUUUAGAAAAUAAAUCAAUUCGAAAUGUACUUUCACCAUUUGAAAAUGAUUCUCCUUUAACAGAAUGA